AUCUGUGUAACCAAUCAAAUUUAAUAUUAAUAUUUUGUAAUUGAUUGAAUAGUUUUUAAUUUAUAGUAUUAAUAAUAUUUUUUAGAUAAAAAUUAAUUUUUUAAUAAACGUGUUUUACCUAAAACAUCUUAUAUUUAGGAGCGGUGAUCUCUAAUGAAUUGUUCUUCAAAAUAAACCACAAUUACUGCAAUUCAUUUGGCCAUCCUCAUGACAUAAAAAUUUAGAUUACCACUAUAUAGAGAGAAAAAAAUAGCUGGCUACAUAACGUUUUAUAUACUCAAUACAAACAUCUGGUCCUUUGCCUCGAGGGGUAAACUAAACAGUAUUUUUAUUGGGCUAUGUAAUAAGUACCUUGUCAAUCACGAGUUCGAUGUUCUUUGCACUCUCGGGUCGCUCUCUUUCAUUGAGUAGUCACUCUUAAGUACUUGGACCAGUGUUAUCCGUGUAGGUCAUAUCGCGUCCACCAGGUGUAUGACGAAAUGCCCGAAUGAAAUCUAGAGACUUGGUUCUGUUUCCAAGGUUAUAAAGUUUCUUCCUUUUCUAUUUCAGAGUUAGUGGAGUCUUCUCAAUUAUGCGUUCUUGUCUAAGUCUUUAGCCACAUUGAGUCGCUGAAUCCUUCCAAAUUGGAUAAUGGAAAAGGGAAAGCCUUUCGUUGCGUCCUUACACGAAGUAGAGAACCAACUUGAACUGUCACUGCGUCAAGCCUUCGAGAGUCUAGAGCCGAAGUUGCAGCCACCAUUCUCUCAGGAUAUCCCAGACCCGCAGGAGUUUAUUGAGCUCAGUAGAGCCAUACUUUAUGCCGCGUUAUGCGAUUCUGGUUCCUCUAAAACCCACAUCAAGCACUUACAUGCUCUCGUCACUGAUGGCUAAGGUUCAGCUGCUUUGGUUAACAAAGGAGAUGGUUGAUGUUUCGAGUGUGGGACUGGAGGAUUUGCUUGUUUCUCUACUGAGACGCAUUGGAAGUGGGGAUUAUGGGGAGCAGAAUGUUUGGCUUUGCUUUGAACUGGUGAGCUUGUUUCUUGACAAAUGGGAUUGCUUGCUUGAAGAUGCGCCCUUGGUCUUGACUAGUGCUCUCUACAGUUUCCUUCGCUUAUUAGCGGAUCAUUGUAGGGUCUCAGGGAUACCGAAGCUGGAAAACGUGAAGAGACUAGAGAUCAAAUUCUGUGUCAAAAUGUUUAAAGAACAGCUGAAUUUGAGUUUGAAGAUUGGAAGGGACCUUGUCCGGUUAUUACAAGACCUGGUUCACAUCUCCGAAUUUAAAGAGAUAUGGAAUGAUCUGGUGUGCUCUGACGUUUCAAAGAUUUACCAGUCGAAGACUUCAAGUAGAUACUUCCUUCUCCGGAUAACUCCAGAGAUGGAAACCCAGUUAAGGUUUUUGCUUGGGAAUGUGAAGCUUGGAAGCCAUAAGCGGCAUCAGGUAUGGUUCUUGAAGAAGUUUCUCUUGGGUCCUGAAAAAGAAACAGUUCUGAUCGACAUAGUCCGGUUCAUCUGCUGUGCUGUUCACCCAACUAACGAGAUCAUCCGGUCAGAGAUCAUGCCAAGAUGGGCUGUUAUAGGUUGGUUUCUUGAACUGUGCAGGCAAAACCAGUACGUCGAAGGACGUGUUAAGCUAGCUCUGUUUUAUGACUGGCUCUUCUUUGACGAAAGAAUGGAUAGCAUUAUGAAUGUUGAACCUGCUGUGCUCUUGAUGUUAUGGUCGAUACCUCAGUAUCCACACAUCACUCACUCUUUACUUGAGUUCUUACUUCAUCUUGUAGAUGCUUAUGACAUAGCCUGUCGAGAUGUGAUCACGAGAGGUGUGGCAUCAGCUUUCAGAGAGAUUGAGAGAAAGGGAGUGGUUCAAUCGCUGGAUAUGUUCCUAUCAAAUCCUGAGAUUGCAACAGAUCUAAAGAAGAAGCUAGCAAACUUGUUGUCAUGUCAUCAGGACAUUAACUGAGUUCUUUAGAGCAUACCAAUGAUACCAUUACAUAUUAAUGAACAUUUCUUUGUAUCACAUUAAUACAUUGCAAGUGGUGUUCUUGCCAGAAGAUGAGAAUGAAAUUCCACAGAUUAAUAAAACUA